UUGUUCACUCUCUCCUCUGUGAUGCCUUGAUUCCACUCCGGUGAUUGUGAUUUUGAAAGGAGUUAAAUUUUUCUGAACCCCCGGCACCCUCCCGACUAGACUCGACAGCAUGCGGGGAGCGCGUUAUUUGCGCGGCGUCCGUGGCUCGCUCUCGGUCGCGGCGGCUUGACUACUCCGGGGGGCAACCCGGCUCGCUUCCCGGUUGGAAGAAGAGGACUUUGCAUGAACAAAUGUGAAUUAUUACGGCAAGCCAUGGAGGGACUUGCCUUAAGAGGACCUAACGCCCAUUUUUAGGCUCUUUUUGGUCUACUUCUUUUUACAUCCAAGUUGUGCUCCCACUGGCCAUGGCUGAGAAGCUGGGACCCACCGGGCUCAAGCCCGCCAACAUCCUGUCUGCUCCCUCUGUGCCCCCAGAACCUAUCGAAAUAAUCCGCACCAAAGCCCGCUCCCGCCGAGUCCGCCUUAACGUAGGGGGUCUGAACCAUGAGGUCCUGUGGCGGACUCUGGACCGGCUACCGAGGACCCGGCUUGGCAAGCUGAGAGACUGCAACACUCACGAGUCCCUGAUGGAAGUGUGCGACGACUACAGCCUGAACGAGAAUGAGUAUUUCUUUGACAGGCACCCGGGGGCCUUCACUUCCAUCCUGAAUUUUUACCGUACUGGUAAAUUACACAUGAUGGAGGAGAUGUGCGCCCUUUCAUUUGGCCAGGAAUUAGACUACUGGGGAAUUGAUGAGAUCUAUCUGGAGUCCUGCUGCCAGGCCCGUUACCACCAGAAAAAAGAACAGAUGAACGAGGAGCUGCGCAGGGAAGCGGAGACGAUGAGGGAGCGAGAGGGAGAGGGAGAGUUUGACAACACCUGCUGCCCGGACAAGAGGAAGAAGCUGUGGGAUCUCCUGGAGAAGCCCAGCUCCUCUGUGGCUGCCAAGAUUCUGGCCAUCAUAUCAAUCCUGUUCAUCGUUCUCUCCACCAUCGCUCUGUCUCUCAACACCUUACCGGAUCUUCAGGUGCUGGAUGAGUAUGGACACGCCACCGACAACCCCCAGCUGGCGCACGUGGAGGCCGUGUGCAUCGCCUGGUUCACCAUGGAGUACCUGCUCCGCUUCCUCUCCUCUCCCAACAAGUGGAAGUUCUUCAAAGGUCCGCUGAAUGUCAUCGACCUGUUGGCCAUCUUACCUUACUACGUCACCAUCUUCCUGACGGAGUCCAACAAGAACGUGCUGAAGUUCCAAAACGUGCGCCGCGUGGUACAGAUUUUCCGCAUUAUGAGAAUAUUGAGGAUCCUGAAGUUAGCCAGGCACUCCACGGGACUCCAGUCUCUAGGGUUUACCUUGAGGCGGAGCUACAACGAACUGGGCUUGCUCAUUCUAUUCCUCGCCAUGGGCAUCAUGAUAUUCUCCAGCUUGGUCUUCUUUGCCGAGAAAGACGAAGAUGCCACCAAAUUCACUAGUAUCCCUGCCUCAUUCUGGUGGGCCACCAUUACCAUGACUACGGUGGGCUACGGGGACAUUUACCCGCAGACUUUGCUGGGAAAAAUAGUCGGUGGGCUUUGCUGCAUCGCUGGAGUCCUGGUCAUCGCCCUGCCCAUUCCCAUUAUCGUCAACAACUUCUCCGAGUUCUACAAGGAGCAAAAGAGGCAGGAGAAGGCCAUUAAGAGGAGAGAGGCGCUGGAAAGAGCCAAGCGUAAUGGCAGUAUUGUGUCAAUGAACCUUAAAGAUGCCUUCGCCCGCAGUAUGGAGCUAAUGGACGUGGUGGUGGAGAAAGAAGAGGAUAAGACCUCCCUAUACAACCACCUGGCGCCGAACCGCUGGGGAGGCUCCACCCGAUCCACCACGUCGGAAACCAACCUCAAAUUCCCGGAUAAAAGAUCCCCAGAGUCUGUGGCGCAGAGUUCCCCCCAUCGUAUCACCGUCACCACCACCGGGAGUCCGCAAUGGACCAACAGAUCGCCGCAACAUCUUAAUGUGCAAAAACUGGAGGAGAUGUACAACCAGAUGACUAAGUCGCAGUCCUUCACCAACCUGAACACGGCAAGCUCCAUGAGCACGCUGAGCACCAACAUGACCGCCCCCGGCUCGCCCAAGAGGUCCCACAGCCCGGAAGCCACCUCAAAGGAGGAGGUGGAGAUGAAGGAGGUCCGGGCUACUUUGGAAGCCAGAAGGGAGAACAGACACCUCUGUGUGCCUCUUGAGCUGAAGCCUCCUGAAAAGCAGAAUCCUGUGGACAACAUCCUCAAAGAUGGCUUCUAUGGAUCAGGUGACGGCUCUGACCUCCACAUAGAGGAAGGCGAGAGCUUCAGCACCGCUGUAGAAAACAUACAAAAGUCUCUCAGAGGGAACAACCCUCUUAAAAUACAAGUCAGCAGGACAUCUACGGAGGGCCCGCCGACGCCGCCCAGCACCACAUCCCCAGGGGACAUCAGCUGCGGCAUCCUGGAGGAGGAGACACCCGAGGGGGAGAUGUCGCCGCUCAUCGCCAGUUCCGAGGCGCUGCUCCCUCCCACAGAAGAUGAUGAGGAAGGUCCGUUGUCCCCGAAGCGCUUGGUGGUCGACACCCCACCCGGUGAUGAAGACCCAUCCUCUGAGAAGCACCUGAUGGAGGUGGCAGGUGCUUCCUGUGGGCCUUCAUCACCUAAGGCAGGUGCACAGAACUGCGGCCAAGGUGGGGUCGGAGUUCCCGAGGGGGCGGACAGCAACCAAAGUGGACACAAAGUGGAGAACCACAUGUUUACAUCCGACAUCCACCUGAUACCAGGUGACGGUAGUUUGUCGCCGACUUGUGAAACCAGCAUGUGACUGCGAGGGGAGACCCUUUGAGGGUCGCCAACCUUGGGGGCAAAUGACGGACAUCGAUAUUUUUGCAUGGCAUGGCGAGUCCCUUUUACUUGUGUUGUGAAUGGCUGAAGAAAUCAGGACGGAGUCCACCACACUAAUGCAGACUUUUCCCACCUGUACAUAAAAGACUCAACAAACUCGGAUGUAAAAAUACAAAAAACGGAGCAUGCAUUUCAAAAGACUAUUUUACGGUGCUUAGUUUGCUGAAAGCGCUCCACUGUAAAUAAAUCAACCAUUAUUAGCAAUGUGAAAAGGGGGCGGGGCAGACCCACAAACUGGGUGUUACAUUGUAGCGAGCUAUUUAAAACGAAAAAAAAGACAUAUCAUUCAUGACCUUUUGUGUAAAAUUGUUCCUCUGUAACGUUUCUUUUUCUGUGUGUUUGCUUCGCCACGUUUCAGUCCAGCGUCACCUUGCGAAAACGACAAGUAAUCUACGGAAAAAAAAACAUUUCUAAGCUAGUUUUGUCCUCUUUACUCGUCUUUAAAAUGGCUAAAAAUGUACUCUCCGGCAUAUAUACCUUUUUAAACGUAGUUUUAAGAGUGAAUUAAUAACUAAAGUAGUUCUAAAAACAGUAGAUUAAGAUCCAUAAUGAAAUUAGGAAUAUUUAUAAAUGAUCUGGUCAAUAUAUAUGCUUUAUAAUAGUUAUCUAUUCCAUCAAAUAUCAAUGGACCAAACAGAUAUAACAACAUAUAGUAAUGACAAUUACAUUAUUAUUUUUGCUUGUUUUUUUAUUUAUUUAUUGCCAUUUUCAGUCCAACUUAAACCCAAGUGAUUUUUAUUAUGCUGAUGAUUUCUUUCUUUUUCACAGAGUAUCUCUUCUGUUUGUUGCCUUCGAUUCCAAUUUAUUGCUGGGAUUUUUCAUUGUCGACACUGAAAUAGAUGCAUGACGUUUCUUUUGUAUUAUUUAUUCUGUUUUCUCACAGAGAGGCGUGGAAUGUGCAAUACCGCUUACUGCAAAACUAUGCAGGCCAAGAAUCGUGGCACUUUAUUUUCUGUCUGUCUUUGGGGUUUGUAAUGUACAGACAGAAAUGUAUUUUUCAUAUCUUUAAUAUGAGGCAAAACAGUAUUACAAUUAACAGACUCUCACAACAAUUAGCUUUUUAAUGGCAGAACCAAUUUGUGUCGGGGGAGGGGGGGUUGAACUCAAAAAGGGAUCCAAAUUGACCACUUGGGCCUUUUUAUAUCGCUCCAAAUCAGACAAACAAAACCUGAUCCAAAUGAGUCUAUUUUUUCUAAAAAAAUAAAAUAAAAUAAAAUACUAAAGGCUAGCUUGACCACAGCUUCCUGCCAUGUGGUAACAAUGAAAUGAUGCGUGCCUUUUCAUAGCGCUAUGAGAAGGCAGCGAUGUCAUUGAGCUUUGUUCAUAUAUAGCGCUGUACAGAAAACUCUAAUUUUAUAGCAGAAAUCAGGUCUUUAUGUAAUAGAUAUUGAGUUCUCAGGUUUUCUACAACUACUCUCUGAUGUCUUGAGUUUUUUUUUUCCUUCGAUUAACAUUUGAAGAGGUUUGCUUAUUGGUAUUGUUGUGUUGCCGGGAAGACUUUCCUCAUCAGUCGUCGAGUCAUUAGUGAUGGAGUUAGAUUGAAGAAUGUUUCCCAACCUAUAUUGAGCCAAAGCACAUCGUAGACAUUGGGGGGGGAAAUGACAGAAAAAGUAGAUACACAUUUUAAAUAUGUACCUUCUGCUGGUUUAGUAAAAUACUGUGUCCCCCUUUACUAGUUUAGGUGAAGAUAGUUACAUAGAUGAACAAAGAUAUGGUAUUUCUUGUGACCAAUUAAAUAAAAUUGUGUGCCGCGGCACAGUGGUUGGGAAUCACUCCCAGCUGCUCGAUGGGGUUUUUUCCCAUGCUGACACCGCUGCAGGUCUACUGCUUCCGACCUCACGGCAUGCCCCUCUGGAGCGUGGAUCGAUGGGGAUGAGAGGGGGUGAGAAUGAGGAGAAAUUGAAAGGAUCCUCCCACGUGUGUUGUGGUCCAUGUUUCCAUCGUGAUUUCCUUUUGUUUACAUACAUCCAUCUUACCACUGACCAAGCCUUCAUUUGUACCCCAUAGCAGGAUGCGUGACUUACGGUAUAUUGAAGGUCUCACACUGACAUGACCAGAGGUCAUAGGUCGGGGCUAUUCAACGAACGUCAUCUGGGGGCCACAUUUUUAUCAUGAAUGUAGCAUCACUGCAAGGCUUUCUUUUCUCUUCAAUUGUUUACCUCAAAGAAUGAAUAAUAUAAUUGUUCAUUUAAAAACAAGUUAUAUGUUUAUGCUACUCAAAGAUCCUCUAUAUAGCAGCAAAUUGCCAAGACCUAUGGCAAAAACACUGGUCAAAGCUCCUCUAUAUGACAGAAAACUGUCAAGACCUACUGCAAAAACCCUAGUCAAACAUCUAUAUGACAGAAAAACUGUCAGGACCUACUGCAGAAACGCUCGUCAAAGAUCCUCUCUAUGACAGGAGCGUUCGGUUUCUAAAAACCUAUCACAAAAAAGCUGCUGUUUUUAUAGAUGUUUUUCCUAAACACUAGGUAAAGAUCCUCUAUAUGACAGGAGGCCUUGCAGGUUUUAAAACUCUACUGCAAGAACACCAAAGAUCCUCUUUAUCACAGGAGCGCUCUAUUACUAAAGAACCUGCUGCAAAAACACAAGGCAAAGAUCCUCUAAAUAACAGGAGCGCCCUGCUGUUUUUUAAGCUGUGCUGCAAAAACCCUAGUUAAAGAUCGUCUAUAUGACAGGAGUGUUCUUUUGUUUUUAAAUAACGGCAAACAUGCCAGUCAAAGAUCCUCUAUACGACAGAAAAACUGUCAGGACUUUCUGCAAAAACCCUUGUCAAAGGUCCUUCUAAAAUCUAUAACAAUCUACACCAAAGAGCCUCUUCAGCACAGCAGCACGCAUUUUUUAACAACCUGCUGCAAAACACCAGUCAAAGAUCGUCUGAGUGACAGGAGCGCCCUGCUGUUUUUAAAGUUGUGCUGUAAAAACUUUGAUCAAAGCAAUGUUUCUUAACCAUAGGGCCCAUAGGGCCCCGAGCUCCACCAAGAGGGUCUCCAAAAAAUAUCUGUUUCCCAGCUGUGCUUUGUACUGUAUGGGCUGCAGCAGUACUCAGUUGUAUUACACUUUUCCACCACUUGUGGCAGUAAUGACAACAUCAAACAAACAGAAGAAGUCUGUAGCUAAAGUCAUAGAAAACUUUCAUAAGCGCAAAAAUUAUGACUGAAGUGAUGAAGUUUUUUUAUUUGCACUGAAAUUGUAUUGACAGUUUAUUUAAGAAAUGUAUAUAUAAUUGAUAUUUAUUACUAAUUUUGUAAUUAUUUAUUAAUUUUUACGACUGCCUAAUUGUAUGUAAAUGUAUUUGAAUUGUAUUUAUUUAUCGACUCUUUUUUGCAGUAUAUUUAAUUAGUAUUUAUUUUUGUAAUAUGUUUGACCACAGCCUUGAUGAUAAUCUUUGUGAUUAACUUAAUAUGUCAUAUUAUUAGACAAGGUUUAUCCUGUCAAACUGUAAGUAGGUUAGAUUUAGUUAUUGAAUAUGAUUAAUAUCAAGAGUAAUAUUACUAAUUCAGUGUUAAUAUUUGACUGAGCCCCGGCCCCCUCUGUAGUGAAAAAUUUGGGCCCUGAGUUAAAAAAAGAGCCCCUGAUAUAGAGGAUAGGAACAUUCUGCUGUUUUUAAAGAUCAACUGCACCAAUGCUAGUUAAUGAUCCUCUAUAUUCUGUAUUUCUACAGGAGAGCUCUGCUGUCUGUAAGGCUAAUCGAAGAUCUUCUAUAAGACAGGAGUGCUGUUUUUACUGUAUUACAAAAAAUCUAGUCGAAGAUCUGUCCUGCUGUUUUUAAAAAUGUGCUGCAAAAACACUAGUUUGAGAUCCUGUAUAAAACAGAAGCGCGGUUUCUAAAAACCCUGCAUAAAAACAAGAGUCAAAGAUCCUCUAUAUAACUGAAAUGCUUGAAGGUCUUCUGCAAGAGUACCAAUGACUCUGGAUAUACACAGUAGUGUUCUGCAGUUUUAAGGACCUACUAAAAAAAUGUUAGUCAAAUAUCCUCUUUAUCAGUGGCCCUCAAACUUUUUUCACCAAGUCACACAUUAGAAAACACUUGGCUCUCCAAGUACCACCAUAAUGACCAACAUUAAAAUACAGUAGUGUAGUAGACCUAAGUAUUCAUUAAAAACAAGGCAGAGAUUGUAUUCAACAAGUGUAUUUAAUAUGUUUGGCCACAGUAACAUUACACACAGUUUGAACAGUAACACUGUGUUCGAAUAGUUAAUUAAGUGAUUUUUUUGGUGUACCAGUAGAUAGAGCCCGCGUACCACUAGUAGUACACGUACUACAGUCUGAGAAUCCCUGCUCUAUAUGACAGGAGUGUUCUGUUUCUAAGAACCUAUCACAAAAAUGCUGCUGUUUUUAUAGAUGUUUUGCCAAAACACUUGUUAAAGAUCAUCUAUAUGACAGGAUGGCCUUGCUGUUUUUAAAGAUGUACUGCAAGAGCACCAAAAAAUCUCUUUAUAUACAGUUUUUAAGAACCUAUCUCAAAAACACAAGUUAAAUAUCCUGUAUAAAACAGGUGUGUGUUUAUUAAGAACCUGCUGUAAAAACAGUAGUCAAAGAUCCUCUAUAUGACAGAAGUGCCCUGCUGUUUGUAAAUAUCUACCGAAAGAACACCAAAGAUUCUCUAUGUAUACAGGAGUUAUCUGCUGUCGGUUAGGGUAGAAAAAUGUCUUUUAUAUGACAGUAGUGCUCUGUUUCUGAGAAUCUUAUCACAAAACGCUAGUCAAAGAUCCUCGACUGCUGUUUGUAAAGAUGUGCAGCAUAAACACAAGUUCAAGAUCCUGUUCAAAGCAGGCAGGAGCCUGUUUUUUAGGAUUGUAACGCAAACACAUGAGUCAAAGAUGCUCUAAGAGACAGGAGCGUUCCGCUGUUUUUAAGGAACAAUUGCAAAAAUGUUUAUCAAAGAUUCUGUAUAAGACAGGAGCACCUUUUUAGGAACCUACUACAAAAAUGUUUGUCAAUGAUCCUCUAUAUGCACUGCAGUUUUUAAAGAUGUGCUGCAAAAAUGCUAGUCAAAGAUCCUCUAUUUGACAGAGUGCUCUGUUUUUAGAACCUAUCACAAAAACGCCAGUCAAAGAUCCUCUAGAUGCACUGCUGUUUUUAAAGAGGUGCUGCAAAAAUGCUAGGCAGAGAUCCUCUAUAUGACUAGAGGGCCCGACUAUUGGUAAAGAUCUAAUGCAAGGACACCAAAGAUUAUCUAUACAUACAGGAGUGUUCUGCUGUUUCUGAUUACCUUUUGCAAAAAUGAUAGUCAAAGAUCCUCUACAUGACCGGAGUGCUCUGUUUUCAAGAACCCAUCGCAAAAACGCUAGUCAAAGAUCGUCAAUUUAAGAUGUGCUGCAAAAAUACAAGUUAAAGAUUCUCUAUAAGACAAAGGCGCAUUUUUUAAGAACCUACCGCAAAAACGUUAGUCAAAGAUCCUCUAAAUGUUCUAUGCACUACUGUUUUUAAAAAUGUGUUUCAAAAAUGCUUUUCAAAGAUGCUCUAUAUGACAGGAGCGCUUUAUAAGAACAUAUCUAAAAAACGGUAGUCAAAGAACCUCUAUACAAAAGAAGCAUUGUGCUGUUCAUAAAAUAACUGCAAAAAUGCUUUUCAAAGAUCGUCUAUAUGACAGGAGCACUCUAUAAGAAGUUAGAACAUAUCCCAAAACACUAGUCAAAAAUCCUCUAUACCUGUAUAAAAGGAGGCUUGUGUUGUUUUUAAAGAACUGCAAAAAUGCUUUUCAAAGAUCCUCUGUAUGACAUGAGCACUCCAUUUGUAAGAACCUUUCACAAGAAUGCUUGUCAAAGAUAUUCUCUACGACAGAGGCAUUCUGCUGUUUUUAAAGAACUGCCAAAAUGCUAUUCAAAGAUCCUCAACAUGCACUGCGAGUUCUAAAGAUGUUCUUCAAAACUGCUAAUCAAAGAUCCUCUAUUCGGCGCUCUUCUGCAAAAAUGUUUGUCUCCCACAAGUUUUGAAGUGUCCCCCAGUCCUUCAGUUGAAUAGUCCUGACUGUGCCAGGUGAUUAGUGUACAUAAAAAAAGGUUGUGUUUAUUUAAGCUGUCUUUGUGCAUUCAGACACUAACUUACAUGUCCUGGCUUAAGAGAACAUCAGCCACCAUUUACGAGACUGUUUCAAGCGACAUCUUUGUAUGCAUGUAGUCGUCCAUUAUGAUCAUGUGGCCACGGACAACACUUUAUGUACAAAAUGUAUGUCAACGUUUCCGUACAGCAUCUUUUUCCCAUGACGUCUAUUAGCAUAUGCAGAAUAACAAAUAAA